CAUUGUGACAAAUGUGAACGUGGCUAUGUGAAAAAGAUUAACGAUACAACGGGUGAACAAUUUUGUUCAUUGAAAGUGGAUUGUCCCGGUAAUCAAUUUCAAUGUUCAAAUGGUACAUGUAUAGAUAAAUCUUAUCGUUGUAAUUCAAUGAUCGAUUGUCAUCCGGAUGGUAAUGAUGAAUUUGGUUGUGAACCGUUAAUAGCAUGCCAUCCCGUGGGAAGUGUCCAUCCGAAUAUGACAACAACAUCUACUCGUUUGAAUAUCGAUGAUAUCGAUAACAGUAAUGGCCAAUUUCAACAAGAAUUUUCUCAUCAUCAACAACAACAUCGACAACAUUGUCAAUGUAAAAAGCUAGUUACAGGAAUUUUAUGUGAUAAAUGCCAGGAUGGUUCAUUUUAUCUAAAUGAUUAUAGCCAUACUGGAUGUAUAGAAUGUUUCUGUUUCGGUAUCACCAAUGUUUGUAAUGGUGCAACAAAUUUAUAUCGUAAUCAUAUUGCUGCGAAUAUUGAUCGUUAUUCACAUGGAUUCAUAUUACGUGAUCGUGAUUUAAAUAAAAUGGCUACUCAGCAACAAUCAUCAUCAGAAUCGUUAACAUUUGACCAUUUAAACCGUGAAAUUAUUUUUCAAAAUUUUAGCCAAACAUCAUCACAUUUAUAUUGGCAAUUACCAUUCAAUUUUCUUGGUAAUCGUAUCACAUCAUAUGGUGGUUAUUUGAAUUAUACAUUCAGAUUUCAAGGAAAUUAUUUUCAACGUGGUCAUGAUGGUCAUCGUAAACCAUUUGCCAUAAUUAUGGGCAAUAAUCAAUCAUUAGAAUAUUAUCAUCAACAGCCGUUACAUCCAUUGAUUGCAACAACUAUUAGUAUUGCAUUAUUUGAAAAUCAAUGGCAUCGUAGUGACGAUGGUCAACCAGCUAGUCGUCGUGAUUUAAUGAUAAUAUUGGCAAAUCUUGAUUCAAUACUUUUAUUGGCCACCGUUACAAACGAUAUCAGCUGGAUUGGUCUGAUUGCCAUUACAUUAGAUACAAGUGUUGAGCUUCAUAUGAUGACAACAACAGCAACUGAUAUGGCAUUAUCAUCAUGGUCACCACCAUCAAUGUCAAAAGUUAAUACAAUUGAAAUAUGCCGCUGCUCACAAGAAUAUUCUGGUACAUCUUGUGAACGUUGUGCACCGGGUUUUAAAAUGCAUUUAAUGACGAAUCAAGAUGGUAUUUAUGAUGAUGACACCAAUAGUCAAUUUCAUCGUUGUGUACCAUGUUUUUGUAAUGGACAUUCAAUUGAUUGUGAUCCAUUGACUGGCCAUUGUAUGGAUUGUAAACAUCAUACAACUGGACUAUAUUGUGACAAGUGUGAAUCUGGUUAUGAUGGUAAUGCUACCUAUGGUACAUCUGAUGAUUGUCGUCCAACUAUAAUUGGUAGUGGUAAUCAUUAUUAUCAACAUCAACAUCAUGGUGAUGCUAAUAGCCGAUCAUUAUCGAUCGUUGAUGACACUGAUUGUCAAUGUAAUCGUAAUGGAACAAAAAAUUCAGAAUGUCAGCCAUCAUCAUCAUCAUCAUCAGCAGCAGCAACGAUAAUGAAUUGUGAUUGUAAGCUUAAUGUCAUUGGUGAUAAUUGUGACCAAUGUCGUGAUGGCCAUUUUAAUCUAGCCGCUAAUAAUCCAUAUGGAUGUUCAGUUUGUUUUUGUUUUGGUGUUACCGAUCAAUGUCAAAGUAGCCGAUUACGUCGUACAACAAUUUGGAUGGAUUUUUCACAGAAUUAUUUUGCUGAUUCAAAAUUAGAAUUGGCUACUCGUUUUCAAACAGUUCGUUAUACUGAUCGUAUUUCAUAUAAUUUCUCUACGAAUGAAGCACAUUUUUAUUCACUUUUUUGGCUACAUGAAAAUCCACUGGAACCUGAUUCAAAUCCGGAAACAUUAUAUUGGUUUUUACCACGGCAUUUUCUUGGUAAUCGAUUAUCAUCAUAUGGUGGUCGUCUACGUUUUACACGAAGAUAUAUUGUACAGAAUUCUGGCCAAUUUAUUAAUGAUGCUGAUGUUUUUCUUUUGGGCAACGGCAUAAUGCUUCAAUAUAUUAGUUCAGCUGAAUUUCCUGCUAAUCUUGAUCAAAGAUUUGAAAUUGGUUUACAAGCCGAAGAUGAAAUGUGGCAAAAAAUUGAUCAUCAAACACAAGCUACCGGUAUGGCCAAUCGUUUAGAUUUCCUGAAUGUAUUAGUCAACGUUGAAAUGAUUGCUAUACGUGCAACAUUUCAUACACAGAUGAAACAAUCAUUUCUAUCCAAUAUUGGAUUAGAUGUGGCUGUCGAAUCAUUAGGUGAUGAAACCAAUGGUGAUCUACGACCAUUUGCAUAUGAAGUUGAACAAUGCCAGUGCCCGGAAGCUUAUGAAGGAUUAUCCUGCGAAAAAUGUGCAUCAAAUUAUAUUCGUGAAAUUGAUAUGAAUCAUCAUCAUCAUCAUCAUGAUCAGCAACCAAAAUGUAUUCGUUGUCGUUGCCAUCAACAUUCGGAUCGUUGUGAUCCAAUAACUGGUCAUUGUAUAGAUUGUCAACAUAAUACAUCCGGUAAUCAUUGCGAUCGUUGUUCAGAUGGUUAUUAUGGUGAUGCAACACUUGGCACUCCGGAUGCUUGUCGCCGUUGUCCAUGUCCUUCAGAAUCCAUGGCAAAUAAUUUUUCACCAACAUGUAAAUUAGAUAUUGAUGGCUUGCCUACCUGUCUACAAUGUAUGAAAAAUUAUACUGGACGUAAUUGUGAAAUAUGUAAUAUUGGCUAUCAACGUAAUGAAUCCAUAGCGAAUAGCCGCUGUGAAUCAAUACACUUACAUCAGACGAUUCGUGUACAUAUUGAAGGACCGAAAGUGAAACAUGUGCCAGCUGGUUCGCAACUUAUGCUCAAAUGUACCGGUACUAGUCAGAUAAGUCAAUAUUUUAAUCUGGAUUGGAUAAAAUUGGAAGGACAAUUACCUCCAGCUUAUUCGGAAGCUAGUGGUACCUUGACAAUACCAAAUAUUCAACCAGAACAUGGUGGUACAUAUGUUUGUUCUGGUUUCGAUUUGGAAAGUAUUGCUACAGCUCGUACAAUUGUUAUCGUAAGACCAUCGGUGCAGAAAUUCGCUCCAAAAGUUCGUAUUGAACCAGAAUAUCUGGAAGUUCAUGUUGGUAAUCCAGUAACCUUUAAAUGUAUGGCUGAUGGAUUUCCACGUCCACGUCUUUCAUGGAAACAAUCACAACAGGAUAAUAAAAUUCUUAAUCCUUCGGCAUCAUUUCAACCAGAUACCGGCAUAUUUUAUAUACCAUCAGCAAAGAAAACCGAUGAAGCUGAAUAUGAAUGUCAUGCAACAAAUUCGGCUGGUUCAGAUUCAAAGAAAACCGUUUUAUUCGUACAUGAUUAUCAUAAAUAUGCAUACGUCCAUGUUAAUGGUGUUGUACCAACGGCACGUGUUCAACCAUCUACAUCGGAUACGAUACGUGGUGAACGUGUAAGAUUUGAAUGUAAUGUAACCGGGCGCCCAAUACCAUCGGUACGAUGGAUUUUUGUUGGCGGACAAUCUUCAUCCGAUUCAGGUGGUUUGGAUGCUGGUCAAUUACCGAAUAAUUCACGUGUAAUGGGCAAUGUAUUAACCAUUACGAAUAUUGAUUAUUAUAAUAAUGGUGUCUAUACAUGUAUUGCAAGUAAUUCCUAUGGAACGGCUGAAGCACAAGUUCGUCUAAGUGUUAACGGUGGUGCUGUUAGUGGUUCAAAACGGAAAUCACCACCAGUCGUUAGUGUUGAACCUGCAAGACAAACAAUUGUACAAGGUCAACGUGGUGAAUUACGAUGCAUCGCCAGUGGUAAUCCAAGACCGACAAUAUCGUGGUUAAAAUUAUAUGAUCAGAUUGAUCCAUAUGGACGUCAUGAAAUUGAUGGUGAUCAAUUGAUCAUCAGACGUAUGGAAGUUGAAGAUCGUGGCAUUUAUAUUUGUCGUGCUGAAAACAUAGAUGGCAUUAGCAAUGCAUCAGCUUUUGUUGAAAUUGAACGGCGGCAAAUACCAUCGAUUGAAAUUGAUCGUGUUGUUCUUAGUGAAGGUUCCAGUACAUAUUUUCAAUGUCGAGUCACAGGCGGUAUACCGGAACCAACGAUUGAAUGGCGUCGAUUGGACGGUUCACCAUUCACAUCGAAUGCACAGGUUAAUGGUGGCCUAUUGCAGUUUGAUCAAAUUGAUCAACAUGAUGAAGGUGUUUAUGUUUGUAGUGCCGAAAAUUUAGCUGGUCGUGCUACGGCACAAACAUCAUUAUCAAUGCCAGAAAUUCCACGCGUACGAAUUUUACAGAACACACCAUAUCGUGUACGACAAAAUGAAUUUGUUCGAUUAGAAUGUAAAUCUAGUGUUCGUUUGAAUCAUCGUGGCCAGCCAACAAAACUUAAUUGGCAUAAAUUAAGCAAUGGUCAUCAUAACUACUAUAUGAAUCAAACAAUGAAUUCAGAACGACAACGGCAUUUGGUUUCCAUUGAAGAUAAUCGUGCAACAUUACAGAUACAGUCCGUACAACUUGAUGAUAAUGGAAUCUAUGUUUGUUCAUUACAAUCACCGAUGGGCAAUUCUGAAGAACGAAUACAAUUAAUUGUUGAACAGAAUUUCAAUUCUGUACCUGAUGUUAAUGUUGAAGAAAAAGUUGUUACCGUAGCUGCAGGUUCACGUGCUGAACUUAGAUGUUUUGUACGCGGUACAAAACGUAAUAUCAUAAUCAAAUGGAUUCGUGCCGAUAAUGUAUCAUUGCCAGAUAUGUCACGUGUAGAGAAUGGAACAUUAACAAUUGAUCAGGUGAAACCACAGGAUAGUGGUGAUUAUUAUUGUCUCGGAUAUCUUGAUGAUCCAAAUUCACAUCAAUCACAAAUGUUAUUCAAGAAUCGUGCACGUUUAGCCGUCGUUGGUACCUGGGCAAAAGUUCCGCCUAGAAUACAAAUUGAUCCACCAUUACAAACAGUACGCCCAGGUGACACUGCCAUUAUUGAUUGUGUGGCGGUUCUCGAUAAUGAUGAUGAUGAUCAUAAUAAUGAUGUAAAUGAUGAUAAUUAUUAUGAUUAUGAUAUUAAUCUAAAUCGUCAUCAUAAUAAUCAUGAUUAUAAUAAUCAUCAUCAGCAAUCAAUGGCCCAAAUUACUUGGAGCCGUAUUGAUAGUGAACUGCCCACUGGUAUUGUUGUUACCGAUAAUGUUGGUGUACGUCGUGAUGAUUUGAUGAUCGAUGGCGAUGGUGAUGGUGGUAUUCGAUCGAAAACGAUAACAAGUCGUAUAAUAUUUCAUGGAAUUGAAUAUACGGAUGCUGGGAAAUAUCUUUGUACCGCUGUUAAUGGUGCUGGUCGUGUGGAAGCAUUAUCGGAAAUAAUUGUUGUCGAUGGUCGUGAUCCACAAAAUGUUCGUGAAGAAGUAGCUAUUUUGGGUGCAAAUUUAAUGCUUCGUUGUCCAACGGAAUUUGUUGAACCAAAUGAAGAUUUAGAUAUUGAAUGGCAAUUUGAUUCUAAUGAUGAAUUUGAUUAUUAUCAUCACCAUCAGAAUAAUCAAUCUUUAUCAAAAAUGUUACCAAAUAAUGUGAAAAUAAUUCGUAAUCAAUUACAUAUCGGUUCAGUUCAAAUGGAUCAUGUUGGCCGAUAUUUUUGUCACGUUAUAUGGAAUGGAUCAUUAGUCGAACAAAAUGCUAUCAUUCUAACGGUUAAAGAACCUACAUAUCAUAAUUGUGACCAUAAUCAAUUUCUAUGUGUUCAAAGUGGUGAAUGUAUUCAUAUUAUGUUACGUUGUAAUAUGAUUGUGGAUUGUUUGGAUAGAUCGGAUGAAGAAUCUUGUGCUCCCAUUUUAAUUAAUGACCUACGCAUAAAAGCCGAUAAAGAUCUAAUCAAUUUGGAUGAUUCGUUAGAACUGAAAUGUUUAUUGAAUGGUAAAGAUGAUCCUGAAUCAAUACCUAUAAGAUGGUCAAUUAUCGAUAAUGAUGAAGGUAAAAAUCAUCGACAAUUUGAAUCAAAUGUUCAUAUUGAUCGAAAUCGAUUAUUAAUCGAUCGUAUUACCUAUGAGAAUGGCGGUGUUUAUCAAUGUUCAAUGAUUGAUCAACAAACAAAAAUUCAUGCCAAUUAUCUUCUCGUUAUACAAGAACCAUUACCAACAUCUUUGAUAAUAAUUCAUGAACAUAAUCAAACUCUAAAUUCGGUUAAAAUAGACGAAAAACGAAUCAUACCAUUAGGUGUUGAACUUAUCUUGUAUUGUGGUUUCCGUGGUAAUCAAUUGGCCGAUCCAUUAUUAUUAUCAUUUACAUGGUACAAAUAUAAUUCAUCUAAUUUCAAGCAAAAAAUAAUUAUUGAAUCUACUGUCAAUUCUACGAUACGAAUAUAUCCAAAUGGAACCUUAAUUAUAACUAAUGUUUCACGUUCAGAUACUGGAACCUAUGUAUGUAUGGUGAAUAAUGGAAUUACAACCAUUCAAACGGCUAUGAUUCCUAUAACCGUAUUGAUUGAUGGAAAUGUACCUCGUUUUACACAAACACCGAUAUCAUUUCUAACAUUACCAACACUGGCGAAUGCACAUCAAUCAUUAGAAUUGACUAUCGGCGUUAAACCAGAAAAACCAGAUGGCCUAAUCCUUUAUAACGGUGGACAACAACAACAAGAUGGUUCAGAAGAUUUCAUUUCACUUGGCCUUCGAAAUUAUUAUGUAGAAUUUCAUUUUGAAUUGGGUGGUGGGCCUUCAUCGAUACGUUCAGCCGAACCAGUAACAAUGGACCGUUGGCAUCUGAUACGCGUAACACGUAAUGGUAAUAUUGGAAAAUUGCGUGUUGAUGACCAAGACUUGGUAUCGACUAGUUCAUCAGCAAAAUUUAUCGGUCUUGAUCUUUCAUCACCAUUGUAUAUUGGAAAUGUUCCCGAUACAGAUUUGAGUUUACAAUUUAAUAAUUAUGGAUUUGUUGGCUGUAUAAGUUUAUUUGAAUCAAAUUCUCAAUCAUUUGAUUUGAUAAAAAAUGCAACUCAACAAUAUGGUAUUGGACAUUGUGAUAUAUGUGGUAUGCAACAACAACAACAAUGUCAGAAUGGUGGUGAAUGUCGUGAAAAUAUUCAUAAACUUGAAGGUUAUGAAUGUUCUUGCCAACCAGGAUUCAGUGGUGACGAUUGUCAAUCAUUUGCUGAAACCUGUAUACCAGGUAUUUGUAAUGAUGGUUAUUGUCGCGAAGAUCCAAUUAUGAAAUUUAAAUGUGAGUGUCCAUACGGACGUUCUGGUCGUUAUUGUGAACAAUCAAUUACCAUUCUGGAACCAAUGUUCAACAAUGGUGCUUAUAUUGCUUUGCGUUCACCAUCCAAUACAUUGAAUCGAUUCGAUUUAGCCAUUCGUAUAAAGCCAGAUUUUUCAUUAUCAUCGAAUCAAUUAUUAUUAUAUUGUGGCCAAUUUGAAAAUGGAACCGGUGAUUAUGCUUUAUUGGCCAUUGUUAAUAAAAUUGUUGAAUUUCGUUUCGAUACCGGUUCUGGUGCUGCAAUUAUUCGAAGUACAAUGAUUCUUUUGGAUCAUGAAUGGAUCGAAAUAAUUGUCCGUCGUAAUGGACGUGAUGCUGAAUUGCAAAUUGAAGGAAUGGAUACUAUUUACGGUCGUACACCGGGUAAAACUAUUGGACUGAAUCUAGCAACACUGAUUUAUGUUGGUGGUUAUAAUCGAACAAGAAUUUCAUUACCAAACACCGUUGAUCAUCAAAUUGACCAUUUUAAUGGUUGUAUUAGUCAGUUGAAAAUUAACGAUAAAAAUAUUGAUUUUUCACGAAAACAUAUUGAAUCCAGUAAUUUGGAAAAUUGUGGCCUAGUUUCUUUAUGUCAACGAUCACCUUGUUUAAAUAAUGGAAAUUGCCUGGAGCUUAAUGAAACAACAUAUCGUUGUAUUUGUGAUGAUGAUCAUACUGGACCACAUUGUGAACGUAUCAAGGGAAUCUGUGAACAUACCAUGCCUUGUGAAAAUAAUGGUGAAUGUGAAAAUUAUAAACAGGAUUCCUAUUUUUGCCAUUGUCCAGUAGGCUAUUCGGGUACACGUUGUCAACAUCCGUUACAAUUUGCCAAUCCACGUUCAGUUCGUAUGAAUGGUCAAUCAUAUGUACGAUUUGAUCGAUCAUUCAUUACUCAAUCGAUCAUCAUUAAAGAGGAUCAUCAUCAACCUACGCUAAUUGAAAUACGAUUCAAAUUACGUACAUUUGUUCGAAAUGCUUUGCUAGUAUUUUAUGGUCCAUCAGAAAAUUAUGAAGAUUACUCACUAGUUACGAUCGGAUUUUCUGCCGCUUUAAUAAAUGAUAGCCAUGUACAGAUGACAUUUGAUUUGGGUAGUGGACAAGGUCAUGUACAUAGUGAUUAUCCAAUCGAUGAUGGUGAAUUACAUCACGUUGUUUUACGUUUAAAAGAUCAAGAAGGUAGUUUACGUGUCGAUGAAAAUAUUUAUUAUGGACAAUCACCUGGUAACAAAAAUACAUUGAAUGCUGAUGGUGAUAUUUAUUUCGGUGGUUUACCAGAUUUUCAAACAAUGACACAUGGUAUUUACCGUCAUGGAUUUCAUGGUUGUCUAAUUGAUAUUGGUAUUGGUGAUUCUGAUGCCAUAAACAUUGUAAAUAGCUCAAAACAAUCACGAAAUUUAGUGCCAUGCGAUGAAUAAUCAAUCAUCUUCAAUCAAUGACAUCAACGGAAAUUGUGUCUCUUUUCUUUUUGAAAUACCCUAUCUAUUUAUACACCAAAAAAACAUGAGACUAUAUCAACACACACACACACGCAAUGUUCUAACCGUGUCGAA